CAAAGAGCACCAUGUCAUGGGACCUUUAAAGAUAACAAACUGGGCUGCAAAACAUGUAGCAGCAUCCCGUCGCUUGCUGGCCAGACAGAGAGGGGACUGAAGCUGUCAAGAGAAUGGAGGGAAUGUUUAAUUCAAGCCGUUGGUACAGACAAGGUGAAGCAACAGCAGUCACUGCGCAAACAAUUGAAAGACCACAGAGAUUCGAAAGCACACAUUAAGGCAGCCGAAACAGUGGAGAUGGCAUCCCGCAAUGAGCUGAGGAGGCAAGUUCAAUCUAUGCACAGGGCUGAACACGAAACUACAUCUCCAGUGUUCCGAACUGCAUACAAAAUUGGCAAGCACCAUUCAAAGACACGCGAAUGGAUGUAAUGUUGCAAGAGUUGAAUGAAGUAAACAUGGGCCGAUUUCUGCACAAGACAUGCCGACAUUAUUGACCAUAUUGCAACGGAGAUGAGGAAAAAGAUGGUCGAUGACAUCAUUGUAAACAAAAGAAAAGUGUGCUUGUUGAUCGACGAGUCUACGGCGAUCAGUGGGAAUACUGGUUUCAACACCUGGCCCCCACACACAGACUGUUCUUCAGGCUGAAACCGAGAAAUGGUUCCAGAAUGUCUCACUGUGUGACAAUCAAAAGACUGUAAAGAGGACAGUUCUUUCACAGCAUGGUGGAAAAUAUGAGACCCAGGACAGCUACAACAACUUCCUCUCAUGUCAGCACACAGGAAAGUUCCUCACAUAGAGGUGGAAGCAAACUGAUGUCCGACUUCGAGGUUCUUCAACCAGAUACUUGGCCAGAGGGAAAUCUGGACAUACAACAUGGUGAAGCAGAGGUCCUUCGCUUAGGUGACACAUUUAAAACAGAGAGACGAGAGAGCAUCCAGGGAUUUUGGGAGUACAAGGAACUGAGGGAGUCCCGGACCCCAGCAGCCCUCAAGCCUCUUCUUAAAGCUGUCCAUACAAUUGCAGUGUCUACCAGUGAAUGCAAAAAGAGCCUUCACUUGCAUGAAUGGCAUUCUAACAGUCAAAAGGAACUCCCUUACUGUAAACAGACUGUCCAACGUGGUGUUCCUGAAAUGCAAUGGACCAGCAUUACAGCAGUUUAGUCCAAUUAUGUGAGAUUAGGGUUGGCAAAGGGACGAAGAUCUGCAGAUGAACUUGCAUGUGAAGCCCCUCACCAUUCAGCAGCAGCUGACCCCAACACAAUAGAUAACUUCCUCACUAAAUGCAUCCCCACACUGCCAACUAAUCCUCUGAAAGCCUGUGCCUCACAAAGACACCAAAAAAGCUGAUGAACCCCAUGGUCCUAGGAUCCUGAUGAGCUGAUGAACAACCCCAUGACAUCCUGUUGCCAUUCUUUUUCUUCCAGAACCCCACAGACUGUGUGAAGUGCAUGUGAAGUGAUGCUGAACAACAAACUGACGUCAUCAAGAGGCGACCCUUGCACCUCGCAAAGAACCACAACAUUCUAGAGCACAGAAAAGACGGCGGACAGUGAAAACAGUCACCCAGUCAGUCCCAUCUCAUAUCAGCCUGUUCACGCCCGGGCACCGCCGCCGCCGCCGCCGCCGCCGCAGCCGCCGUCUGCCGAGCGCAUCCGUCCGUGCAGGAACAGACAGACAGACAGACGGACCUGGCAAUGAUGGCGGACUGUGUUGGCUUUCAAGCGCAAAUCGCCUCGAUUAUAGAGAUAUUGGCCAAUUCGGCAGUGGCGGAGAUCUGCAAACUGGUGGACGAUGGCUACGCGGCGCUGCGCUCCCAGAUGGACCUGGAGCGGGAGAAGAGCGAGAAGGAGAACGAUGCCCUGCGGCAGAAACUGCGAGAAAUAGACGUGAAGGUGCGGAACUACGAGAGGAAGAUGAGGAGACGAAAUCAGCGGGAGGAAAUGCACGCCGUUCAUUUUAGGCCACCCGAAGGAGCUGAGGACCAUCAGCCUGUGGGGCCGCCUCUUCCUGUCGCCUCUCAAGACAAACCCUUUCAUCACAUUUCAAAGCAGGACGAAACCAAGGGGUUGCCACUGGUGAAGCAGGAAAGGGUGGAGAAAGAUGACUGCAACCUGGACCUCAAGGUGGAGGUCAAUAUCAGGGCCGAGUGUGGCCUGUCUACUGCCAUGGAACCAGGUGAGGAACCCCCCCCCAGUGAUAUUGUUCUUAACACCAGUGUCGCCAACAACCCCUCCACCACCCAGACCUCCUCUUCCCCCACUGAUGCCACAAUGGACCUGACCUGCAGGCCUCGAGCCAAACGUAAAGCCGCCGUACUUCUGGGCAACAGUCAGACAUCCGGCUGUGGCGGGGUCACGGCCUCCGAGGCUACUCGCAGGGACCUUGGAGGGACCCUAAUAGAUGGUGCUCUGAAGCCAGAGAUCCAGACAGAUGAUGCCACAGAAGAUGAACUUCAUCCCCCUCAGCUGUCGGCCCCCGUAGCCUCCGAUGAGCCCAGCCCCGACCGCCUCAACAGUCUGGGCCUGGACCUGGCCUGGAUGCAGGAGAGGGUCAGCCAUCUUGGUGCAGCAUACGCAGUAGCACAGCUGGGUUUGGGGAACACAGAAACUGGCCACCCCUCUGCCUCCUUCCCCUCGCAGGGCGGAGGAGACAGUCUAGACGGCCCUCCAACCAUGCUCUUCACAGGUGGCGCUCACGAAAUGGCUGCUUUCGCCGCCUCCUUCGACAUGGCCGCUGCCGCAGCUGCCGCUGCUGCUGUCGUGGCUGCGUCACCUCCACCGCCUCCUCCACCCCCUCCCACUACAGCUCCCUCUGCCACCACGACCAUCCCGAGGCGGCCUUACGCUAGCAGCGCUGCUGCUGCUGCUGCUCAAGAGCCCGUGGUGUGCGCUGUGUGCGGGCGCGUCUUCCCCAGCGCAGCCGCCCUGGAGCUGCACCAAAGGGUGCACACAGGGGAGAGGCCCUACACCUGUCCCCACUGUGGGAAGGGCUUUGCCCAGCCCAACAACCUGCGGGUCCACCUCCUCAUCCACACCGGGGAGAGGCGUUAUCGAUGUACACUGUGUGGGAAGAGUUUCAUCUCGUCCAGCCACCUGAAGAGGCACCGCACGGUCCACACGCAGGAGAAGCCCUACAGCUGCUCGCGGUGCGGACAGUCCUUCAGCCAAAUGUGUAGCGUUCGCAGACACCGGCAGCAGUCCCAGUGUGGUUUGUAGACUGACCGCUGGGGGAGGCGGAUGGCAUCUGGAACUGAUCCUCAUACAGUUUGGGGCCUAUGACGGGUGAAUGAUUGAAAUCCUUUACAUGGAAAUUCUAGCGUCUAAUGUAAGCACGAACAAAGAAGCAAGGCUGUAUCCUGUGAUGUCAUGGCACGUAGAGUUGAUAUUGUCCUAGAUCAUAGCAGUAAUAUGUGAAUUCUGUUUUUUUAAGGCAAAGGAUUUUCCCUGAAGCCCUCUCAACCUUUUCCUACUCCUUGUUUUAAACUGAGAGAGGAUCACAGAGUGGUAAAAGAGUGCCUGAGACAGUGUUGAUAACACUAAAUCCAUCAAAUUGUCAUUAAAUGGUCUUGUUUGUAUUUACAUAGCUAACACAUUUGGGCUGAUGAUGCUGGGACACUGCCAACAUCACAGUGUACCUGCACUGUCCACUGACCACUUUGUCAAACAGGAUGAACAGAACAGGAAUAUUUUGAGCACCUUACAGCUCUAUAGUAUUGAUGUAAUGAGUUGACUUAUAAAAUGACUUGACUUAAAAUACAAUUAAAGUUCAUCCAACGUUAAGCAAAACAAAAACAAAAAUCUAUUCUUGCCUUAUCCUACUGUGAUUUCCAUCUCCAGACACUUCUAGCUGUUGUUUUUUAUAGGACUGCUGGCACUACAAGAUUUAAUUUCUCUCACUGCAAAGUGUCAAUAUCAAAGGAUGCUGAGAUGUCUUCAGUGGAGUUCUGUUUUUUUUUUUCAUUGUUUUUGACUGGAACCAGGGAGAACCUGUUAGCUUAUGCCUUGUUUGCACUGUACGGUACGGCUCUGCCUGACUCCACUCACUUAUUUGGUACCAGUACUUUUCUCUUUUUGUUUUCCACUGCGACGCUGCGCAAAACUGCUGACAUAAUCUUCAAAGCAACACUGGUGGUAGUUAUUGACGAACCGUCAAAUAGCUACCACAGUGUUUUUGACAUUUGGCUAAUCAAAUGUCAAAAAUUUCAGGUUUGUGCAGGUUUUCCAGUGUCACGCUAGUGACGAUUCUCUCUGACCAAUCAGCGGUCUGCAGCGUUUUAACUCCUUCAAGUAUCGACUGAGCUCGCUUUAGUACCAGGUACUUUCCACAAAUUUUGCACAUGGAAAACCCCCCAAAAAAACGAGUCGAGUCGUAGCAUACAGUGAAAACACGGCAUUAGUUAGCCUAGCUCAGUCAAAAGGGAAACCGCUACACAUUCCAACAACAACAAAGCUGUCUUAGUGGCAUGUUUAUGUAGUAAACAUAAUGUAGUAAUGAAAAAUAGAAAAUGUAAUCUUUAUGAGCAGACAGUUGUUACUGAGCUAACCAAUGACCGCACACAGCAUUUCUUUCUCCUCCGAGAGGCAAUUUGUAUCACAGCACAGAGACAAACUGCAAUGGCCUGGGGCCCCCAGCUGAAAGGGCCCCAAACAGCUAUAGAUUUAUUUAUUUAUAUAUAUUUAGGUAUGAAAAAUAUUGAAUUAUGUUACUAUUCUGAUUCAUUCUACCCCGAAACAACUUGCAAAAGGCCCCCAAAGCACUUUUAUGCACCUCAACUAUUUCUACUAAUGACCUACUGUGCACUUAUACUUCAGAGAAAAGCAUUGCACUACUGCAUUCACCUGAUUACCUGAAAUGUUAGUUCUUGAAUGCAGAACUAACCAUAGAAACUGUGUGGUGUUAUUAUUAUAUUUAUAUAUACUAAUAAUAGUUUUUCUUCUACCACUGCCAAUACCAACAUUCCCAGCAUUAUUGCCAUUAGUAUUGCAAACUAACACCAUGUGCCCCAAGCAAAUAGCGUCUUGCUUUACUUUUGACCCUUUCUCUAACUGGGAAUGUUGGUAUUGGCAGUGGUAGAAAAAAGUACUCAAAAUGUUUUUCUGAAGUAAAACUCUUAGCUAUUAAUCAUAAACAAAUUUAACAAUGCACAGUACAAGUCCUGCAUUACAUUUUUUACUUGGCACUCAGUGUAAACACAAUGUAGGCUACUUAAAUUGACUGUAUGUAACUUUUGAAUGUUUAUGAAAGUGUGUAAUGUUCCAUCUCAUUCUGAUCAGAUAUGACCUGUAACAGAAAAUGAGACUAACAGUGAAAAGAACGCCCGCGAAGUCACAGAAUGAUUUUCGGCAGGCAGACGGCGCUACAGUAACACAUUCUGAUGGGUCACAGAUUUCGGUGUAAAACCGGAAAGCCUGUGUUAUUGAGUAUCCAGCCAGGUAAAAGGAAGCUGGAGAUUUCUUUAUACAGGCCUCAUUGUAUUUUACUUUUAUUUUAGAAGUUAUCUGCUGUAUUUAUGGCUGAUACUGGGACAGGACCAUCACAGGAAAGAAGGACAUUUAACGAAGAACAACUAAAAGAUGAAAGGGAAAGUGAAAGACGACGGGCAAAAACGCGAGUCACGCUCGGUCGGGCUUUCAACAGAUGGAGACAAUUACUGGAUUGUAAAUUAUUCAAAACUGACCCUGAAUUGGCCCUCAGGUAUGUAAUAUGUCUAUUUCAUUCAUGAAAUAACUUAACAACGCGCAAUGUGGCCUAUACUUGUGUAAAGCGUUGGUUGCUAUGACAAUCUCUUAAUGCUUUGGCUCGAGACCCAGUGACAGUGAUACCAGGUUUAUCUCACGAGACAUCUAAAGUAGGCUAAGUUACCGUAUGCAACACUGGAAAUGCAACAAUGCAUCUGUAACAUAUUCUCUUAUUGUAAAUGAAUGAUUUUCUGUCCAAGCAAAACAUUCAGCACGACUAUAUGACCUCCUGGUAACACUAACUCAGUAAUCUACAGUUGGGUAAUAAAGCAGCGUAAAGAAAAGACCUUUAGGACAACAGGUGGGUUAAACAGUACCACUUUUGUCCAAAGUGGCCGCUAGAAUCAACACAAACCGAAAGUUACAAAUAGCCACUUUAAAGGCAUACUAUGUAACUUUUCCCUCUUCAGCCGCGCGGCUGUAGUUCCAAUGAGACAACCUGUAGGGGGACCUGAAUCUGCAACAGAACCAGUAACAUUUCUGUCAGGUCAAUGUAGUAGUACAAUAUUUUCCUCUGAAGUAGAAAUACACAGUAAGUAGUAUUGCAUAUUUUUCUAAGUGCUUUGGGGCCUUGUGUAAGUUAUUUUGGUGUAAAAUGAAUACGAAUAGUAACAUAAUUCACUAUAUUUCACAUCUAAACAUCGUAAUUAAUGUAUAGCUGUUUGGGGCCCUUUUACCUUGGGGCCCUAGGAAUUUGCUGACCCUGCCUAAUGGUAUAUACUGCCCCUAUUGUUUUUCCUGUGAACCAGCGUGUACUUUACCGGUGUUUCUGACCUCGAGGAGCUGCAACUUGGGUAUGUGAUGCAACUACGUCAUGGCAGGUGUAUCGCUCAGGACCCAAGGAAGCACAGUGUCGAGUGUAAAGUUGUUUAUGAGCGGUUCUCGAGAUAGGCCAGUCCGCUCAUUCUGAACAGGCAUGUUUUGAACGGGUACUGUACUAGUUUUGCAAAAUGUCAGACUAUUCCUUUAAAGCACUUUAAAUAGUCACAUAAAUGUAAAUGGACUGUAUUUAUAUGACGCAUUUCUAGUCUUAACUGACCAGUCAAAGCGCUUUUACACAGUACAGGAACCAUCCACCAUUCACACACAUUCAUUCACUGUGGCCGAGGCUGCUGUACAAGGUGCCACCUGCUCAUCAGAUAAACAUUCACACACAUUUACACUCCGAUGGAGCGGCAUCGGGAGCAAUUCGGGGUUUAUUGUCUUGCCCAAGGACACUUCGACACUGGGACUGCAGGGCCAGGGAUCGAAAAAAAGAGACCGCUCUACCACGUGAGCCACAGCCGCAUAACUAUUUGUUAAAGCCAUGGACAAAAAUUGGAGGCAGUGCAGAUAAACAAAUAGUUUUCCAUGAUGUAUUUGUCACAUACAGUCCACUCUGUUACUCAUAUUGUUACAGUAUACUUAAUGAGCAUCCCUCUGGAGACAGCCUGGUGUUGAACGGUAAAUGUUGGCACUUGUUGAAUAAAUUGUGUGGCGCAGGCCUGCACCUUCUCAUGUAUAGCUAUGUUUCCAUCCACCUGUCAAUCGAAUUAUCUGAAGUUCGCUAAAAACAUUCGAGAUACAGUAUAUUCUAAUAACACCGGCGAAAUUGUGUUUCCAUCCAUUGGCUUUAAAGUGAAUAAAAACCUGUGUGUAGUGACGUCACAUGCUGUUUUGCGAUCAAAUUGGUAUAUUGAAAUGAUUUGAGACAUAUUAAGGUGUUUCCAUUCAUUUCCGCACUCAAUCGCACAACAUUCAGGAUGACAUUUGUGAACAAAGUUUGCUAGCCAAAAUGGAUCGCGCCGUCUAUCUAAAUUACAAAUGAUUCAUAUUGCACAAGUUGUAAUAGUGCUUAUGUGUCAGCUGAUGGCGAUAAUCAAGCUAUAAGAAGACAACAGCAACGCUGUCAGAACAUUCCUAUGAUGAUGCAGAUGCACGUAAAUGCCAGACGACAACGAUCUAAAAUAGCUGUUAUAUUUGUCUCAUGAAUUAAAUUUAAAAAUUCUCUCCUCUCCUCUUUCAUCCACCUAUAUCUGUCUCUGUUGACAACUGCCAUGUCUGGAAAGAAAGCAGAAAUACGUGGCGGAAAUGAAUACAACUUUUUCUUCUUUGUUUUAUGGCCGGUUGCAACCGUAAAAUGACCUCAAACGUAAUCGCAAUUCAUUAUUGGCCUCUAGGCUUGUUUUCAGAAUUGGGAAGUGAAAUCUGAAUUUUGAGUUUUUAGAUUAGCCAAAUUGAUGCAGGCCUGCAAUGUUUUCAUUCCCCUUCCUUAACUUUUCACAGGUUGAAGCCUGAGGUGUUAACAGUCUUUUUUAAUGUCAAUCAUUCUUUGUUCUCAAUUACAAAUCAAAGAACAAAGGACUGUAAAAACAUGUAAAGUAAAAACAUAUAUAUCAGAGAGUCGUGUUUGUAUGUGUAGAUGUUUGGAUGUAAUUGGCAGUAGCUGUAGGUUGCAGAGCCAACAAAUAUUUUGCCUUUUAGUACUCUUUCAUGACAUGUGUUUAAAAAUGUAUGGGUAUCAUUAAACAUGUAAAAGGUUUGCAA